AUGUUCCAGAAUAGUACAUCUAUUGAAUCAGGAAUUUAUUCAAAACAAUUUGAUGAUGAUCGAUUUACUGAUGAGUCUUCGUCACAAGAUUUCUUCAAUUCAUCAAAUAGAAAAUUAUCCGAUGAUCAAUCAGAUUUUGUACCGAUUAUUUUUGAUUCUGAAAUCAAUUGCAAUAGUUGUUUGACAGAUGUUAAUGAUUUAUUUUGUGAUAAAAAUACAUUUUCACCAUGUAUUGAACCAGAAACACCUAGUUUAAGCAAACCGGUGAUAACAUCAACUCGAGGUGGACGUAUGAAUAGUAAAUAUGGAAAAGGAAAACCAGCACAAGCUUAUAUUAAUUCAGAUAUAACAAAUCGAAAACGUGUUCGACGAACAGUUCGUCGUCGUCAUCGAUUAACUUCUGAUUCUCCUACACCACCACAAUCGAUUAGUCCACAAUCAUAUACAUCAAAUUCAGAUAAUCUACAACCUAUGCAAUAUCAUAGAACUUUAUCAAGUUCACGUGGGAGACCAAUUAAAGUACGCAAAGAUGAUUAUAACACACCUACAACAGUUAAUGAGAAUCCAUCUACUCAACAAGGACCAAUAAAAGAAGAUGAAGAACAUCAUUCAGUUACUGUUUUGUGUUCUUCGAAUGAAGUUUAUGGUGUUUCUCAAGAUAUGUGUGUUAGUUGUGGAAGUAUUGGUUUAAAUGAAGAAGGUCGACUUAUAUCAUGUUCACAAUGUGGACAAAGUUAUCAUCCAUAUUGUGUUGGAUUUACAAAAAUGUUAUCAAAAGUACUUUUUGAUAAAGGUUGGCGUUGUCUUGAUUGUACUGUAUGUGAAUGUUGUGGUAAAACAACAGAUGAAGCAAAACUUUUAUUAUGUGAUGAUUGUGAUAUAUCCUAUCAUACAUAUUGUCUAACACCACCACUUGAUCAUGUACCAAAAGGAAAUUGGAAAUGUCAAUGGUGUGUUCGUUGUUUAAAAUGUGGUUCAACAACACCAGGUAUUGAUUGUCAAUGGGAAAAUAAUUAUACUCAAUGUGGUCAAUGUUAUUCAUUAGAAACAUGUCCAUUAUGUUUACGUAAAUAUAAUUUAGAUGAAUUAAUAAUACAAUGUAAAAAUUGUAAUCGUUGGUGUCAUAGUAUGUGUGCAAACAUAUUUACAGAAGAUAUGGCUGAAAAGCAUUGUCAUGAACAAACAUUUUUAUGUCUUUUAUGUAAAUCUGAUCAAUCAACAUUAACAUUAAUGCGUUAUUCAUCAAUAGAUGAUCAACAAAUUUUACAAACAAAAUCUGUUAAAUAUGAUGAAGGUGUUUAUUUAACUGAUCAUGGUCUUGCACAUUUAAAAUCUAUUCGACCAAAAAUUUUAACGAAUCAUCCAACAAGAAAAUCAAAACAAUUAAUACAAAAAAAUCAAAAUUUAUUUAAACGUACUAAUUCAACAUUAAUUAAUGAUGAUGAAAGAUCUGAUGAAGAAAAAAUUCAUUUAAAUAAUGAACAACAAAUUAAAAAAUCUUCAAUUAAAAAAUAUACAGGUACAAAUUUUAUAUCAACAUAA